GACCUGUCCGAGAAGCUGCUACUCUGCAACCAUCUAUACCAAGCAACAAUGAUGGACCUGUCCCACAAGCUACUACUCUGCAACCAUCUAUACCAAGCAACACAACAUUUGAAGACAGUUCCAACACUUACAUGGAUCUGGAUUUUCUGCUUGACUCGUCUGAAAGUGUUGGACCGACCAAUUUUGAUCGUUUACAGAAAUGUAUCAUCGAAGUUGUUAAUGAUACAAGUUUUGACGACGGAAAGGCCUGGGUUGGAGUGGUCACUUUCUCCAGCUCCUCCAAGGCAACAUUUGAAGACAGUUCCAACAGUUACAUGGAUCUGGUGUUACUGCUUGACUCGCCUAAAAACCUUCGACCUGCCAAUUUUAAUCGUUUAAAGAAAUGUAUCAUCGAAGUCGUAAAUGAUACAAGUUUUGACGACGGAAAGGUCCGGGUUGGAGUGGUCACUUUCUCUAGCUCCUCCAAGGACAUAUAG